AUGUAUUGCCAAUGGCGUAUACAAAGCCUUCGGGCACUACCAUUGAGGUUACCCCUGAGAAGAUUUGCAUCUCAGGCUGACCAAGAUGUACAAAUAGCCAGGGAUUGGCUCAAAACCCUCAAUUCCAAGACCAUUCCCCGCAACAUCUGCGAGGUCUCCUUCAGUCGAUCUAGCGGUCCGGGCGGGCAAAAUGUGAACAAGGUCAACUCCAAGGCCACCUUGAAAGUCCCAUUGGACGCAUUGCUGCCUUUAGUUCCCCGCCUGAUACACCAUCCACUACGCGCUUCCCGAUAUGCCGCUGAAAGAACACAAUGUCUAGUCAUUCAGUCGGACGAGGAGCGGAAACAGUCUAACAAUGUGGAAUCCUGUUAUGACAAGCUCUAUCAGCUAUUGCAAAGUUCGGCUAAGGAGGCGAUCCCCGGGGAAACCUCCCAAGCGCAAAGAAAUCGUGUGCAAAAGUUACAGAAGGCUCAAAAUGAGGGUCGGAUUAAAAACAAGAAACAGCACAGCGACAAGAAAAGUGGUCGCCGAGGAAGCAAAUACGAUGAUUGA